GCAAAAAGUGGAGCAAAGGGCGCAGUGAUCAAAGAGUGAUACAUUGAUUAGUCUUUGCGACCUCCCAUCGUCACUCUGACGAUUUGCGACUAGGCCGUUUUUCAUAUUGCGUUACUGCACUAUUCUGAAAAUGUUACAAAACACCGGGAAACUUGCAGGUCGCACACUUUUCAUUACCGGCGCCAGUCGUGGUAUUGGGAAAGCAAUUGCUUUGAAAGCAGCUAAAGAUGGUGCCAAUAUUGUGAUUGCCGCUAAAACUGCAGAAAUGCACCCCAAAUUACCAGGCACGAUAUAUACAGCAGCAGCAGAAAUUGAAGCUGUCGGAGGCAAGGCUUUACCAUGUCUGGUUGAUGUGCGAGAUGAGCAGCAAAUCAGCGAGGCAGUCCUGAAUGCAGUGAAGACAUUUGGAGGCAUAGAUAUUUUGAUAAAUAAUGCCAGUGCCAUAAAUCUGACUGGUACACUCGAGACACCAAUGAAGAAAGUGGACCUCAUGAUGAAUAUCAACAGCAGGGGUGCCUACCUAACGUCCAAAUUGUGCAUUCCUUAUCUGAAAAAGAGUGAAAAUGGGCACAUUCUGAACUUGAGUCCUCCUCUCAACAUGAAUCCGGUAUGGUUCAAGAAUCACUGUGCGUACACCAUGGCUAAAUAUGGGAUGUCGAUGUGUGUUCUGGGUAUGGCCGAGGAAUUCAAGGGAGAAAUUGCAGUUAAUGCUUUAUGGCCAAAAACCGCCAUUCACACAGCUGCGAUGGACAUGCUGGGAGGACCUGGUGUGAGCAAACAGUGCAGGAAGCCUGAGAUAAUAGCUGAUGCUGCCUAUGCCAUUUUCUGCAGGCCAAAGUCAUUUACUGGGAACUUUAUAAUUGAUGAAGAAUUUCUCAAAGGAGAAGGAAUAAGCGACUUCAGUGUCUAUGCAGUUGAACCAGGCCAUCCACUAUUACCUGAUUUCUUUUUGGAUGAGGAUCCUGAAAAUUUGAGCAAGAAGAUGCAAGAAUUUGGUGGAACUCCUGCGUUUGAAGCUGGAAAGCAGCAAGUUUCAGCAACAUCUAAAGGACCUGUUGCUGAUACUUUCAGGACUAUUGAGGGAGCACUCACUGCUGAUGUGGUAAAAUCCACAGGAGGGGUUUAUCAGUUUGAAUUAUCAGGUGAUCAUCCAGGAACCUGGUACAUUGAUCUGAAAAAUGAAAGUGGCUGUGCUGGCGAAGGAAGCUUCCCAGGAAAAGUGGAUGUACAGAUGAGUAUGAGCAGUGAGGACUUUGUAAAAAUGUUUUCAGGUAAAAUGAAACCAACCCUGGCAUUCAUGUCUGGCAAACUGAAGAUCAAAGGGGACAUGGCUCUUGCUAUCAAACUGGAAAAGCUGUUGGCCCAGCUCAAGUCCAAGCUUUAACCUCUGAUCAAAACAGCUAUCAGUUUCUUCACUUGCCAGUACACAAUGUUGAUUUAUGACUUCAUGAUUGAACAUAACCACUUGACCAGCUAAUUUAACUUUACGUACAUUUGACACCAAACUUUUUGCCUUUAAUUUGUAUUUUUACAGUAAAAUGAGGAAAAUGGAAUUCAUAAAUGAAUUUGUUCUUGUUACUGAAACAAUCUCAAUUGAGUAUUUAAUUAACUGUGUACAACUUGACCUUGUACCUGAUUAUUAUGUAGGUUGGCUAGAAUGAUCAGAGUUAUUGUGGUUGUUUAAAGUGGGUGCAUACUUUUGUUAAUCUGGUCAGUAGAUUUGAACUCAUUGUUACUUUAAUAACUUGAGGGGGAUCUCCAAUGUAUUUUUUAAUAAUCUCACUUUCCCCUCCAUUUUAUGAACUGUUACUGUAAAUAUUGAUACAAUAUCAAAUUAUUUCCACAUAA